AUGGCAUCCUUCAUCACAACCAUGUCUGUCCCCAUCCUUUCUGUUUCUUCUUCGUCCGAUGCUGGACAACCUGCCCCGCCAUCCUCAUCUUCUCCCCAACCUUCGCUCCCCUCCUCUCCCAACGCUCGGACCCGCGCUCCCUUCAAGCCGCGGUCGGCAGCCAAGGGCACCACUAGCUAUCAACUGAGACAGUUCGCGGAAGCGACCUUGGGAAGUGGAAGCUUACGGAAGGCCGUGAAGCUUCCAGAAGGCGAGGAUCUUAAUGAGUGGCUUGCAGUUAAUGUGGUCGACUUCUAUAACCAGAUCAACUUGCUCUAUGGCGCGAUCACAGAGUUCUGUUCUCCGCAAUCAUGUCCGGAAAUGAAAGCAACUGAUGAAUUCGAAUAUCUCUGGCAAGAUUCGGAAAACUACAAGCGACCGACGAAGAUGUCGGCCCCAGAAUACAUCGAACAUUUGAUGAGCUGGGUACAAAGCAGUAUCGACAACGAGCAAAUUUUCCCCAGCAGGCUCGGCGUCCCCUUCCCCAAGGUGUUCCCGAGCCUUGUGCGUCAGAUCUUUAAGCGGAUGUAUCGCGUAUAUGCACACAUUUACUGCCACCACUACCCGGUUGUGGUCCAUCUCGGACUGGAGCCUCAUCUGAAUACCAGCUUCAAGCAUUACGUGCUCUUCAUUGACGAGCACCGCCUGGUUAGUGGGAAGGAUUUCUGGGGUCCGUUGGGAGAUCUUGUGGAUAGCAUGCUGCGCAGUGAUUGA